GUUGGGCAGAAGCCCAUCGGGUGACGUUGGCGAGCUGUGUACUUAGUGGAGGGAAAUGCCCUUGUGGUUGGGGGCGCGAGCGCUAAGUAUGCGAGUGUACUGUCUGACAACGGUGCUCGCGGCGCUGGCUCUGCGCUCAGCGGCUGAGCCUCCUCGCCGUUACCCCACAGAGUGGCGUGCAGACCGUGACCUGACCCGAUCUCGACCUCUACAAGAAAUAUUCGACCCGGAACAUGCCUCUCCCGACACAGAUGUUGCAUACGCUUCUCGCCAGCCACCACCCUUACCUCCAGGCGCCUUACAUAAAGAACGACGACGGGCUCGUAACAUCAAAAGGGCUCCACACCAAAUUCCAUCUGAAAUUGCGAACCAAAUGAUGCUAAGAGCUUCGCGCUCUAGUCGACCUUAUGAUGUACCACAAAUAGAAUGUCCACCUGCUGCGGAUGGUAUGGAAAGGUUUGCCUGUCCUACACCGGACCGGCAAGGACGUUACCGAUGUAUCGACGAUCACGUGCUUUGCGACGGAUUCAUUGACUGUCCUAGUGGUGAGGAUGAAGAUCGACAAGCCUGCAUGUUCUAUAAAACGACUAAGGCCCACCUUGACGUAUUGGCUGACGCGCUACUUCGAUGGGCACGUGGACGCUAAGCUAAAAACUAUUAUGGAAACCUGGCUCCUUAAGCUCUUGGAAUUUCUUCAGUGCUUAACUGACAAAGAUUUAUUACUUUAGUUCGGAAGCCAUCAUCAAGUGAAAAUAUGCUGCGCAAACAAAAAUUUACUCGGACGUCACCAGUCAUUAAUGUGUUGAACAAAUAAUUGAAACAUAUCAAGUAGUGGUGCAGCCUAUACCAAAAACUUAACCAUGUGAAGUGUAGUGUUUGGAGAAUUCCUACCAACAUAAAGCUUACGUGAUGAACGUGGUAGGCGCACCAUUGGGAUUGCGAUACACUGAUGGACUAAGUGAUAUGGUUUCGUCCUAGCAAAUCUUCUCAGCUGUUUAUGUUACGGUUGGAUCGAGUACUAAAUUUGAGACUGAUAGCGAACAUGUUAGUCAGUAGAACAUUUACAUUACACUUACCAACUGUUUUUUGUGUAGUAACUCUUUAUUUGUUCUGUAACCUUCCUACUUGGUAUUUCAAAAAUUCCUUAUAUUAAAGGUUGUAAAUUAUUGUAUGACUAUUUAUGUAAAUAUGAAAUGAAAGUUUAGUUUUUGUCGGCCUAUAUACAAUGCGGUUAACUAUGUCUAUAUCAAAAUAAGGAUUAAAACAAAGGGCAGACAGAAGUACAGUUGCAUUAUAAUAGCUGUACUAGGUAUUGAAACUAUUGAGUUUUAACUUUAAUUUGUAUUUGAAUAACAAUUGAAAACUACUCAUUGAAAGGCAGCUACUAUCUAUUAUUCAAAUCAUGAAACAAGUAGGUAGUUAAAAACUUGCAUUUUCUUUAUAGGGCUUCAGAUUUCUUUAAAAACUUUGUGUAAUUAUUAGGUAAAUAUUCAAAAAAAAUCCGAAAAUUGAAAUACUUUAUAUUUAUGUUCUCAUUUACCUAAAAGUCUAUGGAAAUAAUAAUAUUUGAGCAAUUAAAUGCUAGUCAUGAAGUUCCUACAACUUAACUAAUCCUCAAUAGAUUUUAAUAUACCCGGACAUUAAAUUAAUUUAAAUUUUUCUCUAUAUUUCGCCGUUUUGAAACGUCAUAUUCAUGGAUUAUCUUCAUACUAAUUUAGACUUCUCAUUAAAUUUUCAGAAUAGCCUAUUGAUAUUUCAAUUCA